AGCAUGGCGCUACAGGCAAAUCUCACAUGAACGACUGCAUGGCGUUCCGUCGAAAGCGUGCUCUCCGUAGCGCCUCGUCGCCAGCGCACGCGGGCCGGGGCUGACAAGAACGCAAACAAGCUGUUGACAACUUGACACCAGACUCGCUGGACUGUCAACAAAUGCGAAUGCCAGGGAGUAUAGGUGGCCACAUAGUCUAAAACUCUAUGAAAGAAGAAAGAAGAGGAAGAAAUGCAUAUGUUUUAAAGAACAUUAUAUUUCGUAAAUAGUUUUUAGAUGAGAUACAUAAGCUCACGGUGAAAAGGAGUGCCUGUACAUUAAGUCGGUACAAUGUAUAUGCUAAAUGCCGGAGUAUUUUUAUUAUGCCUUUCUGUGACAGCGGCAUCAGAUCGCCCCAACAUUGUUAUAAUUGUGGCGGAUGAUCUAGGUUUCAAUGAUGUGGGAUUUCAUGGCUCAACACAAAUUCCUACGCCCAACAUUGAUGCCUUGGCCUAUUCAGGGUUGAUCCUGAAUAACUAUUAUGUUCAGCCAAUAUGUACGCCAUCCAGAAGUGCCUUGAUGACUGGCAAGCAUCCGAUACAUACAGGUUUACAACACUCAACUAUAGGUGGCUCACACCCUUAUGGCCUAGACCUGAUAGAAACUCUCCUCCCCCAACGGUUGGCCAGACUCGGUUACACAGCUCAACAUGUUGGCAAGUGGCACCUUGGCUUCUUCCAAAAGGAGUACACGCCAACAUUUAGGGGUUUUGAGUCACACUUUGGGUAUUGGUCAGGAAGAAUAGAUUACUACGAUCAUACAGCCUUGGAAAAUCCUGGCUACUGGGGAUAUGACAUGAGGAGAAAUAUGAGUGUUGCACGUGACUGCUAUGGUAAAUACACCACAGACCUCUUUACGGAUGAAGCGGUGAAGAUCAUAAGCCAACACAACACAUCGAAGCCCCUCUUCUUGUACCUUGCUCAUCUUGCCGUUCAUUCAGCAAAUCCUUAUGCCCCUCUGCAAGCACCUGAGGAGGUUGUGCAGAAGUUCUCAUAUAUCAAGGAUGUACACAGGAGGAAAUUUGCAGCAAUGCUGUGGAAACUGGAUGAAUCUGUAGGCAGAGUUGUAAAAGCACUGAAUGACCAAAAGAUGCUCCACAACUCAGUUAUCCUCUUCACAACGGACAACGGUGGUCCAGCUGCUGGCUUUGACUUGAAUGCGGCUUCAAAUUGGCCUUUGAGAGGGGUGAAAGCAUCUAUGUGGGAAGGGGGAGUGCGAGGGGCAGGACUCUUGUGGUCACCUAAGAUCUUGAAUCCAGGAAGAGUCUCUCAGCAAAUGCUUCACAUCACCGACUGGUUGCCUACGUUGGUUUCUGCUGCAGGUGGUGAUGGAUCAAGUAUAAAAUCCCUUGAUGGCAUAGAUAUGUGGAAAACCUUAACAGAAGGUAGAGAUUCACCACGUAAGGAAUUCCUGGUGAAUUAUGACCCCAUAUUAGAUGGUGCUGCUGUAAGAUUCGGAGAUUGGAAGUUAUUAUACAACCCCCAAGGUCCAGAUCACCACUGGGAUGGCUGGUUUGGCCCCUCAGGUCGUAAUGAGACAGCUCCAGAGACAAGCUUGAAGGUGAUAAUAGAGAUGAUCCUCAAUUCAACAGUAGCCAAAGCAGUGAGGUCUGCAACACCCGAUGCUUACCAGAACCUAACGUCUGUGAGGAAGGAUGCUGAAAUUCAUUGUGGACCCAUCCCAGGAAACGCAACUAAAGUAUGCAAUGUUACUACCUCUCCAUGCCUGUUCAAUAUUUUGCAUGAUCCCUGUGAAUAUACAGACCUCGCUGCCAGUCACCCUGAUGUGAUGGCCAUCCUAAAAGCUAGAUUACAGGACUACAUUGACACUGCGGUACCCCCACGUAACAAGCCCUGGGAUGCGUCAGCUAAUCCCAAAUACUGGGGUUAUGCAUGGACCAACUGGUUAGAUUAUCCACCUCCCGUAGCAGAGCAGAUUGAUGGAAGUGUAACACAGACUGCAUUCGCCAAUGACAUUUCAGGUGAUAUGCAACCUGAAUGAUGAGAAAUUAUUAUGCUGCUAUUCUCAUAUUGUUUGUGAUGUAUUUACUGGAUAAAAUGAAAGUAUCCAGAAAUUAUUUGACUCAAGUAGACAUUGAUUAUUGUGGUAUGGUUGUGAUUUUUUGUUUUUUAUAAUAACCUUUGUUCAAGUAGAAAAUAAAUAAAUAAAUAAAGAUAAAUAAAAUAAAUGACUAAAUGAAUAAAUAAAUAAAUAAAUAAUAUGUAUAUGUAUACAUAUAUGUACAUAUAUGUACAUAUAUAUAUAUAUAUAUAUAUAUAUAUAUAUAUAUAUAUAUAUAUAUAUAUAUAAUAUAUAUUAAUAUAUAUAUAUAUAUAUAUAUAUAUAUAUAUAUAUAUAUAUAUAUAUAUAUAUAUCUAUAUAAUCUAUAUCUAUAUGUAUAAUGUAUAUGUAUAUUAAUAUAUUAUAUAUUAUAUAUAUAAUAUAUAUUAUAUAUAUAUCAUAUAUACACACAUAUAUGUGUAUGUAUACAAUAUGCUUAUGUAAUAAUGUGAAUAAAAAGAAGAAUUAUGUACAAUAUAACUCUUGCAUAACAUAAUGCUUAGAUUUAUAUAUCCUCUAUAAGAAGUAUAUGUAAACCUUCUCUGGGAGAUGAGGGCAGCUGGUUGUCUUUGAUUUUGUUUUUAUUUUUCUGAAUAGGAGCAAAGUAAGAUAAGUGAGAGGCAAAGACCAAGGCAUGAGUGAUAGGUUGAUGCUUGUGAUUUGUCCAAGAUGGUUGGAUGAAAGAUGUCGACAUUUAUAGCAUAAAAAAAGGAUAAAGGCUCUAAGGUGAUAGGAGCUUAAAUCUAGAUAAGAGGAGGUCCAUGAUAAAUGUAAUAUGUCAGCAGAUGAAGGUCUGUAAGAUUUGUUCAAAGAUUGCAUCAGCUGCUGUAAAGGAGUUAAGGAAGGAAAAUAAAGGAGAAACUUGUUCACUCCCAUUUAAGCUUAAAAGAUAUAUAUUGAAACUUCUUCUACAUCAUAUGUUGUUGCAAAUGAGUGCAAGUUGAUUUUGCUUAACUAUUUGCCUUUGUUAAGCUUUUGUAAAUACUUUGUAACAUCGACAGAA